AUGUCAGAUACUGAAGAAAAAAGUGUUAAAUAUGGUGAACUUAUUGGUGAUAAAACUGUGGUUCAUAAUGUUGGAGGUAUAGUAAUUAAAUAUGCCGAUUUACCUCAUCAUGUUGUUGCAACAAUUAAAGGUGAAGAUUAUUUAUAUAAAUGUCGUGAAGUUAAUUUUCGAUAUUUAUUUCCUUUAGAUGAACAAUCAUUUAUUGAAGAUGGUAUUAAAAUUAAAGAUUCAAAAUGGAAUGAAUAUUUUCAAUAUAAAACUAGAAGUGAUGAUUUAGGUGCUGAAAAAUUCUAA